UGGUGAAGUUCAGGUGUGCAUGUGUAUAACCGGCAGUGUGAGUAAAGGAUGAAGGUCUUACUGUAUGUGUGUUUUAUCUUAUUUUUACCAAAUAUGGCGGCGACUGGACAGAUGACAGAACCUGACUGUACUAAUGUGCAAGACUUUAAAGAAUGUUCGGAAAAAUGGACAUGUGAGGAGUCAGUCAGCACAUGUCAUUGUUUCAACAGACAACCAUACUGUCGAUGCAACAAUCGAGCAGGUGAGUUUUACAUUGACGAAAAAUGUUCUCAGAGAUGGACACCAGUGACCUUUGCCCUGGUAGCGUCCCUGCCUGGUCUCACUCUGGCAUUGUUGGUGGGGGUGACUGUCUACGCGAUAAUGCAGUCAUCAUCAACCAAGAGACAUCUAGUUGAAGAAGUGAAGAAGCCCAAGGCAGCUGAUCCUAAAAAGGAGGAUUUAUUCCCUGGAAUUACAUUUUCUUCUGACAUGAACGGCCGACCUCCUGCUAACACAAGACCUGUACAACAAGACCACGUUCCCAUGACAACCAUGCCCAACAACACCUAUAGCAUGUCUAAUGGGAUGCAUGAUCCUCCUAUGGGACACCCUGCUCGGCCAUACAGUCACUGCAGCAUGUCUAAUGGGAUGCGUGAUCUUCCAAUGGGAGGCCCUGCUCGGCCCUACAGCAAUGCCGCAGGUCGGGGUCAAAUUGUUAAUAACCCUUAUGCCAGAGAUUCACCCAGCCGAAACCCCUAUGAUGACCACAAUCCAUCUCCAGACCCCCGCAAUGAUUACAGGCAACCUGCCCCUUCACACAGAUAUGAUAACAUGGUAUGGUUCAACAAUAACCAGCCUUAUUCUUCAGCUCCACUCUAUGAAUCCUCUGACCAUGGAAAGCCUCGCAGUGGAUUUCCACGACCCCAAUUAAACUUACAAUACUAG